UUUCGUAAACGAUUUGACUACACGACAUUGAGCGUAUUGCCUUAUUCUUACAGUAGAUUUAUUCAGGUUGACUUAAUGAUUAGAUAUAAAGUGAAAAUUAUAAACCGUAACAUGGGAAAUGGAAUGAACAAGAUAAUACCAGGGUUAUACAUUGGAAACUUUAGAGAUGCUCAGAAUAAAGAGCAACUGGAAAAGAACAAUAUUACACAUAUCUUGGCAAUUUAUGACAAUGCAAAACCAAUUUUACAGGACAAAGUAUAUUUGUGCAUACGGGCUUCAGACACUCCAGAACAAGACUUGUCAGUAAACACAAGAGUGAAGCAUUUUAUGUUCACAUUCAUAUACACUGCCCCCAACUAUAUAAUUGCCAAUCUGACCCAUACCCGUUACAGCCUUGCAGGUGUUUCACGCAGCGUAACUGUGAGCGUGGCUUACAUCAUGUCAGUGACCGACCACUCAUGGCGUGACACACUUAACGCCGUACGUCAAUCAAGGAGCGUGGCGAGCCCGAACUUUGGUUUUCAACGCCAACUACAAGCGUUUGAGAAUAACAAAGUUGUUCAGGAACGACAGCGAAUGACAUCAUCAUUCGGUGACGUAAACAAAGCAAAAGACCAAUCAGCCAUCCAGAAGUUAGUGGAUGAUCAUAAUAGGAAAGAGGAGGAGAGAAAGAACUCCUCUCCUCCCAAAGAGCAAGGGAGUGGGAGCACUAAUUCCUCCUUUCCUCUCAAUAAACCCGAUGACGUCCUUUCUUAUGAUUAUAAAAGUAAAAAACGAGGGGGAAUGAUAGUAGAUCUAGACACAGAGUAAAAUAUCUUACCUUAGUUUAAAUCCAAUGUUAUUUUCAUUCAUAUUUCAAUACUAGUUUGCUUGUUAUUGAAUUGUUUUUGUUUGCGUGCAUAAAUUAACAUAUAUUUAAAGAACAUUCAAAGUACUUCAGAUAUUAUUUUUCACUAUUAUUUCAGUAGCUUACUAGGUGAUGUUAUUGGCGUCGUUAAAUUGUUUCGUACAAGCACAUGAAUUGCCAUGUAGUAGGCUGGGGGGGAGACGGGACACCUUUUGCACAUAAUAACCAAACCUCCUGAUUAUGUUUUAAUCAACUAACAACGGUCUAUGGAGUCGUGAAGAUUUAAAAUUAAUAAUUAUUUGAAUUUUGUUUGUUUACCACCAAUUAGGACGAGAAAAUAGAAUGAAAAGGUGUCCCAUCUUCCCCACCCAUACUUAAUACAAUGUCCCAUAUUAUUAUUACGUGAAGAUAUUUAUUCUUUCAACACCAUCAGUAUAAGCACAUGACCAUAUAUAAUUAUAUAGCAUUGGUAAAGCAUAUGCAAUGAAUCUCGUUCAGUAAAGUACAUUUCUACCAUGUGUUUGUACCAAACUGCGUUUACAAUUAGUAGUUCGUACGAAAGUCUAAAUACAAUAAUUGAUUCAAUCC